UCCCCUACCACGCCAGUACAUGGAAAGCAGUAUUUCCUUACCAAAUAAUUUCUUGGUACUUUUGUCAUGCUCCCAUUCCAUAGUCCAUGAUCAAUAACACUCCGAACAUCAAUUAUUUUUAAUAAAAAAUAACCCCAAUUGGUAAAAGUGUCUUGUCGUUAUAUAUCCCAUUUGCACCUCAAAAAUUAUUUGCAUCAUCACUAAUACAUUAUACACCAUAUCUCAUACACCACCAUGGACUCCGGUGACAAUGAGGUUGUAGUUGAUUUCCCUCAACUCAUCCGUGUCUACAAAAGCGGCCGCGUUGAGCGUUUAUUCAGUUCACCUAUCGUUCCUCCGUCACCGGAAGAUCCUACCACUGGCGUUGCCUCAAAGGAUAUAGACAUUUCACCUGAAAUUCAAGCCAGAAUCUACCUCCCAAAGCUCACGAACCUCCACCAAACACUUCCUAUUUUAGUCUACUAUCAUGGAGGCGGAUUCUGUCUCGAAUCCGCCUUCUCUUUCCUUGACCAUCGUUACAUGAACCGCCUUGUUUCAGAAUCCAACGCCAUUGUCAUUUCGGUGGAGUACCGUCUUGCUCCUGAAUAUCCUCUUCCUGUAGGGUACGAGGAUUCAUGGACCGCACUUCAAUGGGUGGGAUCACAUGUAGCUGACCAACCAGGGUUCAAGAAGGAACCCUGGUUAGUUAACCAUGGUGAUUUUGAGAAGGUGUUUAUUGGUGGUGAUAGUGCUGGAGGUAAUAUAGUUUAUAAUAUAUCACUCAGAGCUGGAACUGAAACCAUAAAUGGAGGUAUCAAGAUCUUGGGUAGUCUACUUUGUUUUCCCUACUUCAUAACAUCGAAGGAUUUUAAGGAAGAUAGUUUGCCUAGUAGAAUGUGGGUUUUUGUGAAUCCAGCAGCUGAGAAUGGAGUUGAUGAUCCAAGAAUUAAUCCAUUUGUUGAGAAAGAUAGAUUAUCCUUAUUGGGUUGUUCGAAGACUUUGGUGUGUGUUGCAGAGAAAGAUGAGUUGAGAGAUAUUGGAAUUCAGUAUGUUGAAGCUGUGAAGAAAAGUGAAUGGAAUGGGGAAAUUGAAUUGAUUGAUGCUGAAGGUGAAGAUCAUUGCUUCCAGAUUUUUGAUACUGAGACUGAAAAGGCUAAAAAUUUGAUAAAGCGAAUGGCUAACUUUAUCAAACAGAGUUGUGUGUGAUGGUUUUUUGUUUUUCAUAUAAGAUAUUCUGGAAUUUGAAUAUCUGAAUGUGCCGUGGCGUAAAGGGCUCUGUGUGUGACUGCUUUUACUCUCCAAUUGGUAUGAUUAAUUACGUUUUCCUGGCAAUAAUGGGCAUUUUGGAAACGUCAAGCAGAUCAUCAUGCCAAAAUUAUUAAAUUACUACCCUUUUUAGUAACGUAUGUUAUUAUAGAUUUCCUUAUAUGUAAUUGGACAUUUUUCUUUUGUCUUUCCAACUAGCUCAUGCUAUUGUUCCUUGUAUUCUGGAAGGGUGUGUUUGGUAAGGCAUUCUCGAACAUUAUUUAAAUAAAAUUAUAAAUUUCUGUUUCA